AUGGCGUUCAAAUUCUCGCUCGGGGCCGCAAAGGCCAACAAGGCGCAACUGAAUUCCAAGGCAAAGGAAGACGAGGAGGCAAAGGCGCGCGAAGAGAAGCAUGCCCUCGACAAGGUCAUGGCGGAUUUGGAGGCCGAGCACGGCGCAGAGAAGAGCGUACUGGGCGAGCUGGAGCGCGACCACGACGCCGAGCAUGUCUUUGUUCCCACGGGAAGCAAGCGGCAUUUCACAGGGAGACAGAGAACCAUGAAGAGCGGCCCCGGCACACUCGACGCUGAGCCUCUGGAUGGCUACCCAAGGCCUGGCGGAGUUCCAGGACGGCCCCCGCCACAGGUGCCAUCGCGAUUUGGAGGGCCAGCGCCCGCAGGACCUGCUGCGCUCGCUGGUCCCAAGUCGACUGAGAAUGUGUUUACGACGGUCGUAGCGAAAGCAUCCAACCUGCCGCCUGCAAUCGAUCCGCGCCGAGUGGAGGAACUGUUCGCCGAUUUUCCCUCGUUGAAGAUUACACGGGUCGAGAAGAUACCGCCGCAGGGCCCCUCGCCCAAGGGCCGGCCGUCGGCGACAAUGAAGGUUAUGUUCGACAAGGAUGCAAGCGCGCGGGACCUCGAUGAUGCCAUGAACAAGCUCAACGACAAAAAGUACCUGGGCAAGGGCUACUAUCUACACUUGGACAGGUAUCUUGGCGGUCGCUCGGUCGACACGGCGCAGCGCACAGAGCCGUUUGGCGCACGAUGGCAGGCACCGGAAAUACCCAAGGGCUUUGCACCGCCCCCGGACUUGGGCGGCGGUGGCAGAGACAGGCCUCGCGAAGACACGGAGCAGCUCAUUGUCACGGCAAACCAGCCGCCAGACAUUGCAACGCUCAGGCUGGUGCACCAGACGAUAGAAGGCGUCAUACUGGGCGGUGUGGAGUUUGAGGCGGCGCUGAUGAAUGACCCGCAAGUACAGGACGAGGAGCGCUUUGCCUGGCUCUACGAUCAAAAGCACCCUGUCAACCGCUACUAUCGCUGGCGCUUGCACCAGAUUGUAUGCGACAGUCCGAAUCCGGAGAUUUUUGAGCGCCACGGCGACUGGCGUGGCCCUGUUGAUCCGCUCGCCGACGAGUUUGCGGACCACUUGGGGGCUUUUGAUUCCGACGACGACAUGAUGGACAGCGACGACGAGGACGAAAAGGAGAAGCCGCAGUACAAGCCGCUGCCUGUCGGCGACAAUUACCCGGGACGAGUUGACAAUGGCCACGGCAUCAUGAGUCCGCGGUCAAGAGCCAUGCUGCUCUGGCUGCUCACAUCACUUCCGCCUGGCAGCAUCGUCGCCGAUGACAUUGCGGCAAUUUCGAAUUUUGCAGUCGAGCACGCUGGGCAGGGCAUGGACGAGGUGGUGCACAUCCUCGUGUCCAACAUGAUCCGGCCUUUUCAGCUAACAGACACGAAUCCGAGAUACAAGCCAGCGGAUGCAGACUCCAAAGACGACCUCAGGCGGCCGGACACGCGGCAAGUGACGCUCAAUGCUUUGCGCAUCAUUUCAGACGUUCUCCUCGUCACUGCCAAGGAGUCUGGGGUGUCGUACAAAUACCGCCUCGCCAUUGCUACCGAGCUAGUGGAGCGCAAGGUCUUGCAGCACCUCGAGCAGCUCCCUGCGCAGCUCGAGAUGGGCCGCAUGACGGAGCGAAGCUACCGGGACGAGGUCAAUGUCAUUCUCAAGGUGUGGCAGGACGAGCACUUGUUUGACGAGCCCACUCUCAACCACCUCGACGAGGCUUUUAAUGCGCGCGAGCGGCAAAAGGAGGAGGAGGAGCAGGCCCGGCGGCUGGCCGAGAGGAGGAGGCGCAAGGGCAACGUGGUCCGCAAAGCAGUCAGUAGUGGGGGCGACGACGAGGACGAGGAGAUGCAGGUGGAUGGCGAGGCGCGGGGUCACGUGGAGGGCGCAGCGGACCAGACGGCGGGCGUGGGAGCAGAGGGCGCUGUGGCUGAGGAGAGGGAGGGCGCAGAAGAAGCAGCAGCAUGCAAGCGGCAGAGUGAAGGCGAGGUGGUUCCGGGGGAGACGGCCGUGGCCAGGGCGCGGCGGCUGCGGCCGCGGGCAGAGGACAUGUUUGCGCUGGACGAGGACGAGUAG